CCAAGAUGGCUGAUAAGUUAGGCGAUAUUACGUUCCUUUAUCUUUUACAAACAGUAUUCGAAGGCUUUACUUAAAUUACCCUUGGUGAGAGUAAUAAUUUGAAUAUUUUAUUUUCCAUAGGUAAUAAAGAAUCAUUUAAUAUAAAAAGUAAUUAUUUCUUCUUUUAUAAAGUACUGCAACAUUGAAGAAAUUUGUGUUAAUUUGGCGUUUUUACUUGGUGCACUGCUGUUUUCCGAUUGGCUAGAAUUUGGCGGUGGGCAAUGUCAGAAGAAAGAUUGAAUGCAAAUGAUUUGGAAGGACUGCAGGCUGAGAAUGGUUGGCUAAGAAAGACAGAAAAUAACCAUCACGAAGAAAGUAUAUGGACUACACAAGACAAGUGUCUUUCACUUGAAUGUCCAGAGAAAAAUUUAGGCCAGUCAAGGAAGAAACGAAAGUUUAGAGAAGGACUGGAUGUUUUGUGUAGAUGGACUGAUGGACUUUUGUAUCUUGGAGUUAUCAUUAAGGUUGAAGAAAAACUGAAAAAAGCACUGGUGAGAUUUGAGGAUUCUUCAGAGUACUGGACUUUGUUCAAAGAUAUGCAAAGAGGUAAUAUGUCUGGUGGAGAAAUUGUUUGUGUAAAGUGUGAAAAUGGACAGUCUGAUCCUCCAAAUGAAAUUGUCAUCUGUGAUCACUGUAAUUUAGGUUAUCAUCAGCACUGUCAUAGACCUAAGAUUUCUUCAGAAGUCUUAAAACCAGAGGUUCCUUGGUAUUGUAGGAGCUGCAUAUUUGCUUCCACAGCUAAGAAAGGAGGAGCAGUUAAAAAAGGAUUGUAUGGACAAGUCAUGCAACAAAUGAAGAUGACACUUCCAUAUGAUCUUUAUACUUUAACUUGGGAUGCCCAACACAAAUUCAACAGUGAGCAGUGUUACUGCUAUUGUGGAGGUCCAGGAGAGUGGUAUUUAAAGAUGCUCCAGUGCUGUCGAUGUAAGCAAUGGUUUCAUGAAGCAUGUCUGCAGUGUUUAGACUUUCCUCUUCUGUAUGGAGACAGAUUUUAUAUUUUUGUUUGCUCUGUGUGCAAAGGUGGACCAGAAUUUAUAUCCAGAUUAGCUCUAAAAUGUACUACCCAUUUUUCCAUGAAAAAAAAUUGCAUGAAAAGUUUUGAUUCAUCAAAUGAUUCAUCUACUUCAACCAAUGGGCAAAAAUUAAUGAGGUGUUCAAUGGAAGCUAUGAAUAGGAAGAGAAAGAUUCCAAGAUCAAAUAGUUCCAGGAGUAGGUACUCUAAGAAUUCUGGUCAGUGCUUAACCAUUAAGCAGAAUAUAUCUGACAGUGACGAUGCAUCUUCUCGAAAUACUCUUGACACAAUCAUUCCUCCACCCACGAACUUUGAAGGAAUCAACCAUCCCUUCAGAGAACUAGAUCAACCAUUGAGUAGUUCUCCACAGUCACAACCAAUGAAAAAUCAGCUUAACGAAGAUGACUUUCAGGACUUUAGGAAUGGGGAAUUUAUAAAAAAAGUUAAAAGGAGAAGGAAGAGAGAAAAUAACACUAAAAAGACGUGGGUGAAUUUGUGUGGAAACAAACGACUGGCAAUUGAUAAUGGCUUAGAAAACUCCCUAGUCAGUAUUUCUAAAAACUUGAAUCUUUCUCCUGAAAAUCUGUACACCUCUGUAAGUAAUUAUCUUGGAUCAACUAAUCGUAUAACUAGAGGUGAGAAGUUCAGAGUACUUGCACGGAGAGUGACACUUGAGGGCAUUGUGCAGUAUCUAAUUGAAUGGGGAGGUACACCAACGUAAUAGAAAUUAAAAAAUAGGUGUACAUGUGUAAUUGUUUUCUCUUUACCUGGUCAUGGUUAUUAGACGAGAAUGAUUUUUUGUGUUUCUUGCUUCAUUUGAACAUGUAAUUUUGUGGUUUUUAGCUACUAAAAAUAAUAUUGAAGUUUUAACUUAACAGGUUUUUGUUAAAAAUUAAAAAAUAAACAGG